UCGCUCGGCGUUCUCCGGCACCGUCGGCGCGACUGCCGGCAUAUGUGCGACGAGCCGCGCGCCAAGCGGAUGUGCAUUUCUGGAUCAGCGCCCUCGUCGCCACAGCGCCACUGCCAGCGUUCUGCUCACCAUGUGAAGGCGCCGCCCCAUGACAUUGUCGUCCCAGUGCCUGCGUACGGAUGAUGCCAGGGGUCUACGUAUGGAUCAUCACGGCUGGCAUCGUCACUGGCGCCUUGCUGCUGGGCCUUGUCGUCUGGCUGGUAGUGUUCCGGCUACGCAGGUCUAAGCGCAACAGCGACUCGGCCGAGCCGCCGCUGCUUACACGGGAACCAUGGCAUCGAAAAUCAACGCUGUCGCAGCCUCUGGCCGGUGUGCUGCCGACCAAGUCCUGCGGGCUCGACCUGGGCCCAGCGCCAUCGCUGCUGACUCCCGAGUCGUUCGACGUGCAGCCGUCCCAGCUGACCGUCACCGAGCCGGUGCAGCCUGUGGCGCGGCCGGGAUUUGUCCGCUGGAACUCCUUCUGCUCCCCUUCGGCCGAGGGCCUCGUCGGAAACCUAAUGCCCAAGGGUUGCAACGUCGGUUCUAGUAACCCUGACCAAACACGCUCCUAUCAGUUUUGGGUUCAACACAGCUUUUGCCGCUCCCCACGCUCCCGCGGCCGCCUUUUCAUGCACAUCUGUGCACCCGGCUUGGAGAAACUCGGCGAAGCGCAAAAACAGUGCCUGCGUUACAGCUGGUCUGAUGACGAAGACGCUACGGUACCAAGAUGCACAAAUGGCAGGCUAUGGUUCAGCCUUAACUACAAGUCUGAAAGUGAGGAGCUCAACGUCAACAUCAUAAAGGCCAAAUAUCUACCAGGGCGUGGCCUCACAAACACUCCUCGAGAUCCAUUUGUCCGGGCCUACUUGUUGCCAGAUGAAGACACUUUCCAGCAGAGCACCGUGAAGACGCGGACGUUGGCACCAAAAUUUAACGAAACCCUCACAUUCAAGAUUUCGGAGGACGAAGUGCGCGCACGGUCGCUGCGGCUGUCCGUUUAUGACAUCGACCGCAAGAAAGUGCGCCAUUGCUUGGGCCACGUCACGCUGCAACUGGAGAAGGAACCACUCGCUCCGGACAAGGUCAUCUGGAUGGACCUGGACAAUGUGCCCAAGAAAAGUUCCCAGAUUGGGGAGAUCCAGAUUUGUAUGACUUGCAACCCGUUCACCAACCGCAUCAGGGCGUCUAUUCUCAAAGUUCGAAAAUUUUCAAAGCAGGAGGAUGCCAGCAAAUGGGUGUACGUGAAGCUGUCGCUGAACCACGGCCGCAAGUGCGUCAAGGAGAAGCGGUCCGAAAACCGAGAGUGGGGCAACGGCGACGAAGCGAACUUCGGGGACGCGUUCACGUUCGGCGUGGCCGGUCGAUACUUCGACUCGUGUAGCCUCAGCUUUACGGUCAUGGUGUCGCCGGACGGCGCCGACUUUCGGCGGCUGGGCAAGACCGUACUCGGGCCGUUCAUGUACGCGCGCGGCGAGGAGCUUCGGCACUGGCAGGACAUGCUCACCAACCCGCGCAGCGCCGUCACCCGGUGGCACGCGCUCGAGUGCCCCACGGGCCGCGACGAAUGGAAGAGCGACUGAGACGCCUCGAAUCGAGGCCCCGCUUCUCUACAUCCUCACCAGGGAGGCCCACGAAGUUUGAGGGUAACUCACGCAAAAUGGCAGUUCCUGUCUGCGACACUAGCCGCCGUCACGCUGCCCGAGUUUGUUCGGGGCUCCGAUUCGAGGCGAGCUCGUCGAUUUCGAAAGGCCUCCAUUGUUGUCUGGCAUGAGCCACGACCUGAAUGCCCAAGCAAAAGUAUGCUGCACGCCAAUAAUGGCGUGAUUUUGGAAGGACCUUCUUUUUUUUUUAACUUCUCAUUUUUCCUCUUUUUUUCCCCCUCACAGAUCUGAACAAGUUGUAGGCACUGUAGUGUUCUGAGCAACUAAACGCAAAGAUAGCGCCGCGAGGACUGCCGCAAAGGGCGUCAGCUUUCGCAAAUUUUCGCAGGCUUAUUACUCCGAGCGAGCGCAAUGAAUGCAAAGAAAAGCUGUUUGCGUACAGAAGCCGAAUGAUAUUUGUUCAGUAUUUGAGUUUUGUUUAGCUGGUAAUUUGUAAACAUUUUCUUAAUCGGGAAAUAAACUGCUUUUCGGGA